CAAGUGCCCGAGUCGAGCUCAUCGGCGCCGCUGGAGAGGUAUGCAGUGCUCGUCGGCGAAGACUUUGUUGCAACGACGUCGCCGCAACCAGUGGAGAUGGUGAGGAGGAUGAGGACGGGGUCUGCCGGAGCAGCCGCAAGGCUGCACGCCCCGAUGUUGAUGCAAGCAUUGUCUUUCAGCCGUCCAGGUCAGGUCCUGAUGCAGUGCUGCCGCUGGAUUGCCCCUGUCCAACGCGGGAGAGCACAAAUUGGGUGGACUGAGUGUGAGCUUGAAGAGAAUCAAUACAUCGAAACAUUAAAGCCGUGGGCCGAACAGAAAAAGCGAGCGAAGCGGAACGAGAAGAGGAUGAUGAUGAGCACACGCGAGGGAGAGAGAAAUAGAAGGAAAAGUGAGAGAAGACCAUCACAAGUCGCAUCCCUGCAACCAAUCAAUCAUUCUCUGACAUCACGAGUCCCUCGGCGGACGCAACUUGCUAUCAGUGACCACUGUCAGCCUGCGGUCACGCUGCGCCGGCUGCAGCGCAUUCGACGCCGCGUGUGAGCCGACCGAGUGAGCGGCCACUGAAGACGACCCGCAUUCAAUUACUUGCUUAGCAAUCUUACCAUGUCACGGCGCAGCAAAGCGCUUCCCCAGCUCCCCAAUGAUGGCGGGCCUGCAAGCUCGUCGGCCUCAACAGUCGUCGGGGAGCAUUCUUCCAUCUCUGCGGCUCUGGCGGAGCGCGAAGAUGGUGUAUGGGUCAAUGUGACCAAGCAGGCCAAAUUCAUCCUGCUUGGCGGUAUCCCAGUGUGGUAUCUCGAUGUGCAUGGGAGUGUUUUGCACGUACUAACGCACGGUGGCGAGGAUUGGACAAGGUG